AUGGCAGACAUAGAUUCGAAAUCAUCUUCUUCCCAUGUAGAGAGCCCUGUUAAGCCAAUAACCCCCGAAGCGGUCCAAUUCGAGGGACUUUCGGACGAGGAAGCCUUGAAGUUGGAAAAACAAUUGGUGCGCAAGAUCGAUUUUCACUUAAUCCCGGCUUUAUUCUUGCUGUUUAUCUUUAACAUUCUCGACCGAUCGAACAUCGCGAACGCCCGCUUGGGAGGACUACAAGAGGAUUUGGGCCUUUCUGACACCCAGUACCAGACGGCCGUGGCCGUAAUGUUUGUUGGAUAUCUUCUCGGCCAAGUUCCUAGCAACAUUAUCCUCACCCGUGUGAGGCCGUCGCGCUAUAUCCCGGCCGCUAUUUUUGUGUGGGGCGGAAUCUCCAUCUGCUUGGCUGCAACGAAGAACUAUGCUGGUAUUCUAUGCGUACGAAUCUUUCUAGGCUUUGCUGAGUCUCCCUUCUUCCCGGGUGCUUUGUAUGUCCCUCCCUGUCAGGCGACGGCUGCUACCUUCUCUCCCGCUGACACGAUUUCCAGGUUGUUAAUGAGUUCCUGGUACAAGGCCUCUGAGCUGGCAGUGCGUGUCGCCGUUGUAUACUGUGGAAAUACCGUUGCAAAUGGAUUUGGCGGCAUGCUGGCCGCUGGUAUCCUGAGCGGGCUAGACGGCAAAGGUGGGCUUGCGGGAUGGAGAUGGCUAUUCAUUAUCGAGGGCGCUGGCACGAUGGUGGCUGGGUUGCUGGCGGUGGUUUUACUCCCUGACUUUCCUCGUUCCGGCCAGCGAAAGUGGUUAACGCAGCAGGAGCAGCGCUUUGCUGAGUGGCGCCUAGCCGUCGCCACAAAUAACGAGGUCGACGAAAACGGCUCGAUCUCGCAAGGCUUGAAGGAUGCGGUGACAGAUCCCAAAGUGUGGGCAUUGGUUUCAAUCCAGAUCUGCCAGCUGACGUCCCAAACCUGGACAUAUUUCUUCCCGAGCAUCGUGGAAACCCUUGGCUUCGGGAAGAUCGUUACCCUGCUUAUCACGGCGCCCGUGUAUGUCUUUGGCUUCCUCAGUGCCCUGGGCAACUCCCUUAUUGCGAACCGGACAAAUCACCGAGCCAUUCUCAUAGUAUGGCCGCUCUGCAUUGACAUCGUGGGAAAUGUGAUGGUCAUCAGCUCCCACGCCACAGCUGUGCGUUAUAUUGGCAUGUUCCUUAUGUGCAUGGGGUCCUACAGCGCGUUCAACGUGGUGCAAGCCUGGAUUGCCAGUACUAUUCCACGGACACGAACGAAGAGAGCCAUUGUUUACGCCAUGGUCAAUUUCUUUGGCAACUCGUCCAACAUCUAUGGCUCGUAUUUCUUCCCAACCAAGGACUCGCCGCAGUACCGACCAGGAGGGAUCAUCCUGUCCAGCUUUGCUGCGGGAGGUGUUUGUUUUUCAAUUCUGUUGGCGGUUUACCUCCACUGGCUCAACACCAAGGCGCAAAAAGCGGAGGAUGAGGAUGGCCAAAUACGCUACAAAUACAUCUUCUAG